AUGUUAAGAGCGUUAGUAGUCGUCGUGUUUCUAUCGUACGUGAACUGUAUUCUUCCUCCUUCGAUCGUGGAGACGGUAUAUCAAUUCAUUUCCGGAAUUGCAACAGCACACGACGUCGCUAUUCCCGAUGAGACCUUCGUAUCCAAAGAGUACGACUUUAUCGUGAUCGGAGCUGGUUCCUCCGGCUCUGUACUGACAAAUCGGCUAACGGAAAAUCCAAAUUGGAACGUGUUGGUACUGGAAGAGGGCAAAGACGAGAUUUUCCUCACAGACAUCCCGCUAUUAGCCCCGAUUUUGCACAUCACGGAUUACGUUAAAGUGUACAAAAGCGAGCCGAGGCCUGAAAAUGCCAACGGAACCGGUGGUUACUGUUUAUCGAUGAACGACGGUCGUUGCAAUUUGCCAAGCGGCAAAGCAGUCGGGGGUAGCUCGGUAGUGAAUUUCAUGAUAUAUUCCAGAGGAUCACCGGCCGAUUAUGAUGCCUGGGUUGCGCAGGGCAAUCCAGGGUGGAGUUAUCGCGACGUGCUACCGUAUUUUCUCAAGUCGGAAAAUUGCAAGCUGCUGGAUCAAGAUAGCAGAUUUCAUGGCCACGGAGGAUAUCUCGACGUUACGUCCUCUCCAUACGUCUCCCCCCUAAGAGAAUGUUUUCUCCGAGCUGGCGAAGAACUGGGAUAUGAUGCAAUCGAUUAUAACACCGACAAGCACAUUGGUUUUUCAACGGUCCAGGUUCAUUUACGGAAUGGUCACAGGGUCAGUGCCAACAAGGCAUUUUUGAUGCCUGUUCGUGGCAGAGAAAAUUUGCAUCUGUCCAAAUUAUCGAAAGUGGCGAGGAUCAUCGUUGAUCCAAAGACAAGAACAGCCGUGGGAGUCGAAUUCGUUAAAAACGGGAGAAAACGGGCCGUCUUUGCGAAGAAAGAGAUAAUACUGUCAGCAGGUACCCUGACCUCGCCGCAGCUACUGAUGCUCUCCGGGAUAGGACCGAAAAAUCAUCUCGAGUCAUUGAAUAUCAACGUGAUCGAGGAUCUACCGGUCGGAUAUAAUCUACAGGAUCACGUCAGCAUGUCGGCAUUGACUUUUCUCGUAAACGAGAGCGUAACCAUCGUCGAACCUCGACUUGUUUCCAAUCUAGCCAAUACCGUGAAUUACUUUGUCAAAGGAACUGGCCCGUUAACGGUACCCGGUGGAGCCGAAUGUAUGGCGUUCAUCGACACGAAGCAAGAUCAUCCAAAUGAGCGGAUAAAAAAGUUGCAAGUUAACGAUAAUAACUUUCGCGACAACAAUCGUUUAAAAAGACACAACGAUAAACGAGCCUCCUUUCCACCAAACGUAACGUCCAUCUCGGUGAAUCCCGAUUACUUGAAAUCUUAUCUAGACUCGAUAUCAAACGGAACGAAAGAAACGAACGUUCCCGAUAUCGAACUGGUUUUAGGUGUAAGUGCUCUAACGGGGGAUAUAUCGGGCAGUUACAGAGGGCUCCUCGGUUUGACGGAUGAAUUUUACAAAGAAGUUUUCACCGGUUACGAAGGUUUCGAUGCCUUCACCAUUGUCCCGGUUCUCUUACAUCCAAAAAGUAGUGGAAGAAUUACCUUGAAAACUUCUGAUCCGUUUGACGUGCCCAUUUUCGAGACAAAUUACUACGAUCACGAAGAUGACAUCAAGACUAUGGUUCGAGGCAUUAAAAAGGCGGUAGAAUUGGCAUCGACGAAAGCAUUCAAACGUUUCAACGCGACGUUAUUGCGAGUCGCGUUUCCAGGAUGCAAGCAUAUCUCGUUCGGUACCGAUCCGUACUGGGCAUGCACUGCUCGGCACGUGAGCACGACCUUAGGUCAUUUCGUAGGAACGUGCAAGAUGGCUCCGAGAGGGAACUCAGGUGUGGUGGACCAUAGGUUACGAGUGCACGGAAUCAAUGGUCUCAGAGUCGUGGAUGCCAGUAUAAUACCAACUAUAAUAGCAGGCCAUACCAAUGCGCCCGCUUAUAUGAUCGCUGAAAAGGCUGCGGACAUGAUAAAAGAAGACUGGAGAGUAUCCGUUUCCGGAGGGAAAAAACUCGUUUAAUGCAACAUUCGAAAAAUG